UUCAAUGCAAAAGCAGUCUCACAGAGACAACAUCCUCAGCAUCAAUAAUGAUGUCCAGUAUUUUAGCAGUAGAUACACUUCCAGGGGAUUCUAAAGAUGAUGAACGACCUAAAUGGGACAACAAAUUCCAGUACAUGUUAAGCUGUAUUGGAUUUGCUGUAGGGCUGGGAAAUAUAUGGAGAUUCCCUUAUUUGUGUCAGACUUAUGGAGGAGGAGCAUUUCUAAUUCCAUACUUUGUUGCCCUGAUUUUUGAAGGAAUUCCCCUAUUUCACAUUGAACUUGCCAUUGGUCAGCGUUUAAGGAAAGGUAGUGUUGGAGUAUGGAGCACCAUCUCACCAUACCUUAAUGGAGUAGGCAUUGGAUGUUUAUUUGUGUCCUUCCUGGUGAGCUUGUACUACAACACUAUUUUAAUGUGGGUGCUGUGGUAUUUUCUGAAUUCUUUCCAAAGCCCCCUUCCUUGGAGCUCUUGUCCUCCGAAUGAAAACAGAACAGGGCCCAUUGAAGAGUGCCAGCAUAGCAAUACUGUGAAUUAUUUCUGGUACAGGCAAACACUAAACAUCACAACAGACAUCAAUGAAAGUGGGACCAUACAGUGGAGGCUGGUUAUGUGCUUAGUGGCUUGUUGGAUGAUUGUAUAUAUCUGCGUAAUCAGAGGUAUUGAAUCAACAGGAAAGGCCAUUUAUUUUACUGCCCUCUUUCCUUAUUUGGUCUUGACCAUCUUCCUCAUCCGAGGACUCACUCUUCCUGGAGCUACUGAAGGAUUAAUUUACCUCUUUACACCUAAUAUGAGCAUUCUCCAGAAUCCCCGAGUAUGGCUUGAUGCAGCUACUCAGAUCUUUUUUUCCCUUUCGCUGGCUUUUGGAGGACACAUUGCCUUUUCAAGUUACAAUCCACCCAAGAAUGAUUGUGAAAAAGAUGCUGUCACCAUAUCCCUAGUGAACAGCAUGACCUCCCUCUAUGCUUCUAUAGCUGUUUUCUCUGUUUUAGGCUUCAAAGCAACAAAUGAUUACUGGGAUUGCCUGGACAGAAACAUCAUCAGCAUCAUCAAUGAGUUUGACUUUCCAGAUCAAAGCAUCCAGCGGGACGACUAUCUGACCUGCUUCACGCACUUGAAUUCCACCCAGGCAGACAGGAUAGCACGUCUCCAGCUGAAGAGCUGCCACCUGCAAGAUUUCUUGGACAAGAGUGCUUCUGGUACCGGCCUGGCCUUUAUCGUCUUCACGGAGGCCAUCAUCCAUAUGCCUGGCUCUCCUGGAUGGGCUGUGCUUUUCUUUGGAAUGCUAUUUUCCUUGGGACUUACUUCCAUGUUUGGGAAUAUGGAAGGAGUACUGACCCCUAUCCUAGACAUGCAAAUUGUGCCCAGGUCAGUCCCCAAGGAAUUAAUAACAGCUGUGAUAUGCCUAGUUUGCUGCCUCUCUGCUCUUUGUUUCACACUACAAUCUGGCAGUUAUUGGCUUGAAAUCUUUGACAAUUAUGCAGCUUCCUUGAACCUGUUAAUCUUUGCCUUCUUUGAAGUAAUCGGUGUCAUUUAUGUUUAUGGAAUGAAAAGGUUCUGUGACGAUGUGGAAUGGAUGACAGGAAGGCGGCCCAACCUCUACUGGCAGGUGACAUGGAAAAUCAUCAGUCCUAUGCUGCUGCUGAUCAUCUUUGUAGCCUACAUCAUCCUAAUGACACAGAAGCAGCCAACGUAUGGAUCCUGGAACCCACAAUAUGAUGAUUUCCCAAUCAAGCAGGAGAAAUUCUACCCUGGCUGGGUGCGCGGCAUCUGUGUGAUAUUGUCACUACUUCCUUGCAUGUGGGUACCUGGGAUUGCACUUUUUCAGCUAAUCACCAGGAGGCAAAAAAAGGGGAAGAAUUCAUGGUCAGAAACUUGGCAAAAAUCCUAUGAAUCUGUAGAGAAUUGAAAGGGUAAUUCUAUGUAAAAGAGGAAGGAAAUAAGGGAAUUAAUGCAUAAACUGUGAGUCUGGGUUAUCAGAGUGGUUUUGCCCUUUGGACAAGGAGGACAGUCUUUGGCGUCCUUGUAAAGAGUAGUUUAUUUAGUUGUUACCCAUCAAAACAUUCUCUCUCCUAGCACCAGAAUACCCUACUUCUCAGUUUUCCCUUACUUACUGGCUCACAUGUAUAUUUCCCAUUUGGAUGUCAAUAAUAUAUGCCAGCACAGUGGAUAGAGUGCUAUCCAGCCUGAGACACUUACUAGCUGUGUGACCCUGGGCAAGUCACUUACCCCUGUUUGCCUCAGUUUCCUUAUCUGUAAAAUGACCAACAAAAGGAAAUGGCAAAUUAUUCCAUCAUCUUUGCCAAGAAAAUCUCCAAUGAGAUUACAAAGAAUCAGACAUGUCUGAACAAUACCAAAGAAAAGCAUCCUGACCAACAAUAGAAAUGGAUGUGACGUAGUCACAGUGUGACACGAAAUAUAAAGUAGUAUCAGCUGCUCCAAGGACAAGACUCUAGAACCUCAUCUCCAUAGUAACUGCCCAUUCACAUCUCUCUAUUUGCCCAAUCACUCACACGGGUGUCCCGCCUACCUUGUUUUCUAUGAGUUUUACUACACCUGGUUUCAUCUCCUUCCUCCUCACAAGCCAUUCACUCACCUUAUAUUCUAAAUUAAGCUCUAUACCCUUUUCAGGGUCUGUUUCACACAUCUGUAAUCAUACCAGUGUAAAGCUACUAUUACUACAACAAAAAGAAAAAAAUAGAAAAGAAAAUAUGCACCAAGAAGUUCAUUAGUGAAGAUGUACUUGUGCUAAACCUGUAAAUCAAUGUAAUAUUUAAGGAUAACAAAAUGACAGACUAAGGAUCUUGCUUAUCUUUAAGCCACUUCUCAUGAUUAAAUCUGAUUAAAGCAA